GAUCGUUUCUACCGGCGCCGUGUACAAGUACGUCCGCGCACCCGCAACAUUGACAAUCAUCACGGCACUUGGACACUUCCAUUACCGGAGAUAGAUAAUCUGUAGCCGGCAGCAGCACCUACUCUCGCAUGUCUUCACCAUCUUCUUCGAGGAUAAUGAGGGCCGUACAGUACCACAAAUACGGCGGAGGAGCCGAGGGCCUCAAGCACGUGGAGGUGCCGGUGCCGUCUCCGAAGAAAGGCGAGCUGCUGGUUCGGGUGGAGGCCGCCAGCAUCAACCCGCUGGACUGGAGGUUCCAGAAGGGCGUCGGGCGGCCCUUCCUGCCCAGCAAGUUCCCCUUCACCCCGGUCUGCGAGCUCGCUGGCGAGGUAGUGGAGUUGGGCGCUGGGGUGAGCGGCUUCAGGCCAGGCGAUAAAAUCAUCGCCGUCAACUUUCCGGGUAGCGGCGGCCUGGCCGAGUACGCGGUGGUGUCGGCGUCGAACGCGGCGUUGAGGCCGCCGGAGGUGUCGGCAGUCGAAGGCGCGUGCAUUCCUAUCGCGGCGGCGACCGCGCUCAUGGCGCUCAGGACGGCCGGGGUCGGCCUCGACGCCGGCGACGGCCCCGCAAAGAACGUGCUGGUCACCGCGGCCUCCGGCGGCGUUGGCACCUUCGCCGUGCAGCUAGCUAGCCUCGCGGGACAGCACCACGUCACGGCUACCUGAGAUUGGUGGACAUGGACGCACUGCUGGGAUUGGUGGUGCAGGGGAAGAUCCGGGCGGUGGUCGACUCGCGUUACCCGCUAAGCAGGGCGCACGAGGGCUGGGCCAAAAGCAUGAGCGGCCAUGCUAUCAAAGUUAUGAUGAUGCGUUACCCUAACCGGGCCGCCUGGGUUUAUAUUUAUAUAGCCAGAGAUUACAUACGGUUACAACACAGCAUACAAUACGUAUACAAUACAGACUCUAUACGAGUCCUAUACACAGCUAGGAUAUAUCAUCUAACUCUCCCCCUCAAUCAUAACUUAUCCAAGUUAAGAUUGCGUCUAAAAGAUACUAGCUGUGCUGUAGACAGUGACUUAGUGAAACCAUCAGCCACUUGAUCUCUUGAAGGAACAAACCGUAUGUCCAAAAGCUUCUUAGCAACUCUUUCACGAACAAAGUGAUAAUCCACCUCAAUGUGCUUAGUCCUAGCAUGGAACACUGGAUUAGCAGACAAGUAUGUAGCACCAAUAUUA